AUGAGUUUAGCUGUUAACGAAACAGCAACUGAAGGCAUAAUAAGUGCCAAUGCAAAUGAAGAAAAAGCAAUAAUAAAAACUAUAGGCAUAAUUUUGCACACAUAUGGUUAUAUCGUUGUCGGUACAUUUCUUACAUCGAUCAAUGUUCCCGUUUUUCUACUUGUGAUAACGCAUAAAACACUCAGAAGUCCCUAUUUGGUUCUUGCGGUUGUUUUCUUUAACAAUGCAUUGACCGGAAUUUGUGCGAUAUUAACUGGAACAAAGCGAAUAAUCGAUACUGCUAAUGGAGAAAAGCUUAUCGAUAACCACGAAUGUGUGCUGAAUGUGUAUACCUUUCUUUUAACAGUAUUUUUUUUGAAUGGUUGGAGCUUAUUGAUGCACAGCUUAGAAAGGCUUUGUGUUGUAGCAUUCCCAUUAUAUUACUAUAAGAAGAGCACACGAAUAAUUUAUUCAUUGAUUGCCGCACAGAAUAUAAUUGCUAUUAUUGAGAUAACUUGCACAGUCAUUGCAACUUUAAUUGAACCAGCACGACGUAUAUCUAAUUUUUGCAUGUUGCAAGACACGUAUUCACCUUUCUUUUAUAAAACAUUCACAAAUCUAACUUCCCUUGCUUCAACGCUGAGUUUUAUCGUUAUGAUUGUUGUUGCUGUCAUCCUGAGGAGGAAUUUUGGUUCGCAAUUUUUUACAAGGCAUUCACAUAACCGCGAUUUGUCGCAUUUCCUCAAUAAUCAAAAGCGAUACACUCAAACGUCACUGAUAUCUUGUUGUUUUAGAUUUUUUUUUGUGGUAGCACCAUCAGCAGUGGAAUAUAUUUAUAUGAUGAAUCCUUCUAUGAUGUCACGAAUCAUUCUCAUGUGUUGCGGAUAUUUAUGGAUAUUGAAUUCUUUCAAUAUGGUAGUGUUAUUUUUGUAUCGUCAAGGAGAUUCUCAUCGUGCCGCAAUUCGGUGUUUCAAAUAUUUACUUUGUGAACGGAAACAAACAGCCUAA